AUGAGCGCACCAGCACCGCUCGUCGGGAGCCUGGUCCCCCUGCGGACCAAGGACGAAGUGCGCGCCAGCCUAGAAACCCACAGCGUUUACGUGGUCGAGGUCCCCGCCAAAUUUGCCAACGUUGUCAAGGAUGUGGUUCAAGCAGCAAUCCCCGACUUCAAGACAUCCGAAAUCUCUCACCUGCGGCGCGUGGUGCAGUUCAAGUACCUGCCACCGCACCUGCAAAAGCAGUUCUAUCCGCCCGCGAGGCUUCCGAGAGUGCGCUACUUCCUCCUCUGUCCCACGCGAUACAUUCAGCAUGCCGAUCUCUUCAGCAUUAUUCGCCAAUGCCCGCCUUUUGAUGGCAAGACGGUGCCGCCGCGCAUUUUCUACGUGAUGGUCCCCUCGCUGGCCCCCAUAUCUGCCGAACAGGCUGCCCAGUGGAGCGACGACUACUGGCCCAUCUCGUACAAGAACACGAAUCCAUACGGGCCGCAUCCAAGCCUCGUUCAACGCAACACGGAUGAGAUCGAGGGUGAAGCUGGCACCUGGCUUGCGCUUGCGAACACGGCUGGUAAACAGAUCUCAGCUCAGUGCCUGGGUGAGCAGAUCGGUGUUGUCGUCGUAGAUCGAACCAAGAAUGGGCCCGAGAUCAUUGCUGUUGCAGGCGACUGCCGCUGGCGAUCACCUACUGGCACUUCAGAACUACACACUGGCACCGGCAACGUCAUGGCCCACGCCGUUCACCGCGCCAUUGCCAUGGUGGCCAAGAAACGACUCCGCGUUGGAGGCACAGACCCUGCAUACCUGGAUCGCUCGCUCUUCUGCGAUAGUCCGCUGACAGAAGUGGAGAAGAAGUACUACGAAAAGGACAACAUUACAUCGAGCGGCUAUCUGUGCGUCGACCUGGACAUCUACCUAACGAACGAGCCCUGCGUCAUGUGUUCAAUGGCGAUCCUGCAUUCUCGAUUUCGCCGCUGCGUCUUCGCGAAACGGAUGCCGCGUACCGGAGGCAUGACAUCCGACGGUGUAGGAGACCUCCCUUUCCCCGAGAGCGGACUGAAACAUGGUUUAUUCUGGCGACCAAGUGAGCUCAACUGGAAAUUCUUGGCAUGGGAGUUCAACGAGGAAGGAAAGGAUGCGGGAACGGGCGCGAGCAUCAAUGAGACAUUGCAUGUUUAGUUAUGGGUGGACAGGCUUGACUACAUUGGAUAAACAGCAUUGACAUGGCGCAUUGGA